UGGCUCGCUUUGUUUUUCUUUGUUUAAUUCCGCUGGCGCGCUGCUCGGACUUCCAUAUGAGGCACAUGUGUACUCUCCAGAGAUAAAAGCGUACUGAAGAAGGAAAAAAAAAAUUAAAAGUGACGAGGAGGAGUGCAGGUGCCUGCAGGCCAUGGCUGUAAAUUGUUAGAAGGAGAAUAGCAGACACUUGAGGGAGAGAAGAGUUUUACACAGAACAUGAGCUCCGGCAAAGAGGCUGACAUGGACGAGAGAGUGGCCCACAUUAAACAAGAGGAGUGCGAGUGGGGCGCCCCAGACGAUGUGUGCGUGAAGGUGGAGGACUUUGAAGGAACGGUUUCAGAGUUUAAAGAGGAGUUCAAGGUGGAGACCGUUGAAAUCAAAACCGAGGACGCUGACGAUUUCCCAGUGUGCCUUGAACUGGAAAAGCACGAAACGGGGAAGAUUUUGAUGCUGAGUUCUUCUGAACAGUUGCCUUCCCGUUUUCAGCCUGAGCUCGUUGGCAUCGGACAACUGGCUCCACGGUGGAACUGCGUGGGACUGAAGAUUGAGAUACCCGAGUUGGAGGAGAAAACCAGUGAAGGAAAUGGAAGAGAAGCAGAAGAGCCGCAGUCGCCUAUAAAUUUACAGGACGGUGGCAGCUUUUCCACAUCUUCAUUUGCUCAGACUUCUCUUCAGUGCAGACUGCAACAGGAAAAGGAGAAGAUGAACGAAUCAACAAGAGGAUCAGGGAAUUGGACAGCAGCCUCUUUGCAGUGUGGUUCUCUUCCUGUGAGAGACGUUGUCCACACCGGCCAACAUCAAGGUCACAGCACAUAUCAAGUGGUCUUGUGUGCCGGCCAAGAGUGUGAAAAAACAUUCACAAGCAAAUCUGAGUGUGAAGACCACAAGUUGAAUGAUGCAAUGCUGAAGCCAUAUUCCUGUUCUAAAUGUGGCAAACGAUUUUCUUUCAGCAGCGAUUUCAAAAGACACACAAGAAUCCAUACUGGAGAAAGGCCUUAUGCCUGUUCUGAAUGUGACAAACGAUUCUCUUCCAUUAGCAAUCUCCAAACACAUAAAAGAAUCCACACUGGAGAAAAGCCAUUUUGUUGUUCCGAAUGUGGCAAAAGGUUCAUCGACAGCAGCACGCUUCAUAAGCACACAAGAGUUCAUACUGGCGAAAAGCCGUAUGGCUGUGUUGAAUGUGGCAAACGAUUUUCUUGCAGCAGCAAUCUGCAAACGCAUAAAAAAAUCCACACUGGAGAAAAGCCCUAUGGCUGUUUUGAGUGUGGCAAAAGAUUCACUGACCGUAGCAAUCUUCAAAGACACACGAGAGUCCAUACUGGAGAAAAGCCAUAUUGCUGUUCCGAAUGUGGGAAAAGAUUCUCCAGAAGUAGUGAGCUCCGGAAACAUACAAAAAUCCACACUAGGGAGUAGCCCUGUGCCCGUGCUGAAUGUGGCAAACGCUUAAUUGACAGUUUGGAUCUUCAGAAGCAUACACAAUUUCCUACUGGUUAUGGCUUCAGUAGUAUAGACUGGCCUCAGAACGAUUUAUAUAAGCUAGACAUAGAAACACUGAAUCUUCCCAAUGCACACCAGCCAACAGACAAGAACCCUAAGAAUAUGCCUUUCCCUGAUCUGAAGGAGGCAUUGGGCUCAUCAAAAUAGAUUAGCUAUACAGGGCUACAAUUAUUGGACUGCAGACCACCAUGUACAGAAGGUACAUCAACAUGAAGCAAACAAGCUCAAAUCAAUUAUUAAUCUCCAUUAAAACUAUAGGCAUGACCGAGACGUCCUGGCCUUGUGUGCAAACAGCAGCACUGCAGCUUGCUAGACAGCAAAAUCAAGAAUAACAAAGGGGUUGACCAAUAGAAGAGGAGGAGCAACUGGAAAAACCACAGGUAUGGUGGAAAAUAUGCACACCUUCUGCUCCACAUAGAUCAAGAGCUAACAUAUGGAUGGGAGAGAAGUGAUGAGAUAAAAUCAAGGGAUGAGCACCUAAUGAUGGCUGCACAGUACAGUGGCUUGAGCGCAAGGUGGUUCAAGGCAACGAUAGAGAAGAAUGGGAAAACCGAGAAGUGCCGAUCCUGCCAAGCAGCAGUGGACACAGUCAUUCAUCUGGUUGCUGGCUGCAAGGUUUUGAUGGCAGAAGGUUUAUAACACUGAGAUACAAUGAAGUUGCCAGACUACUGUACUGGUAAAUAUAUUAAAAGUACCACUUGCCAGUACUACAGGUCCAUUAGGAUCACACUGCAGACCGAAUAACAGAAAGCGAGGAGGUGUUAGUCACUUGAAACUGACCGAUAACAGACAGAAAGAUGUCAGGCAACCAGACAUGGUUAUCAAAGAUAAACUGGCUCAAUGAAGUUUUAUUCCGAAGUGAUUACUCUGUGCUUGGAAAAUAACAUCAAAAUAUCAAGUUGUGCAAUCUGAGAUGGGCCAGAAGAUUAAUAAACCUACUGACAUUGUGCUGGGAUCAAUAGGUCCAUCUAGAUGUCGACAUACUAUCACACCAUUAGAGACAAUGCAAGUAGUACACUGAGCUCUGGCAGCAAACCUUGAAAAAUAACAAUAUAUGUGCAAAAAUUACUCUAGAAAAACAACCACGCUUCCGGAAUCAAGAGGAAAGUUCACUCCUGUUCUGAAAGUGAGCAAACUAAACCAUUGUUGAGAAAUUAACCUUUAUGGGAAGCCGUAUAGCUGUGCUGAAUGUGUCAAACGAUUCUUUAGAAUCCCGAAAAAAAAAAAAAGUCCCAGUGUUCUGCAGUUGUGAAUGUGGCAGAGAUUUUCCCAAAAUAGCAGCAUUCCCACUGGAGAAAAGCUGUAUGGCUGUUCUAAAUAUGCCAAAGGAGUCUCGCUUUUAUGAGCAGUUUAGCAUAUACAGUGGAGAGAAGCCUUAUUGCUGUACUGAGUGUGGUAAACGAUUCUCAAACGGCAUUGAAUUUCAUAACCUUAAGAGAAGCCAUAUUGGUUGGAGACCUCUUGGCUGUUCUGAAAGCGGUAGGCUCCAUCAGCAGGAGUGUUAAUUUGCCACGUGGCAAUUCACACUGGAUAAGCCUUGAAGGGGUAAGCAUAAUGGUCCUUAACCUUGAUAGUUGCUCCAUGGGUGCUGUACACUGUCACUCCCCGCGCACUGACCUCCAAAGGUCAUGUGAAAAGAUAAAAUUUGUCCUUGAGGAUUAAUACAGUUUCCCAAAAAUAGCAAGGGUGGGACCCAACACUAAACCUCCCAACUAAUAAGGUUUUAACAAGUACAGGUUGGCGCACGAAAAACCAAACCAUCUUCCGACUCCCACGUCGACGUACGUUUCUUAGCCCGUACACGAAACGAGCGACGGGGCUCGAUUCUUUUUUGCAGUUUGCAACUGACCCAGUCUUGCACCACUUCUUCACCGACUCUUGAAUGCUGCUCUUUACUGGUAGGUUUACGUCAGGAAACUUCUGCGUGAAAAUGUCCGGCGUUUCCUUAAAAGCACCGGUAGACACAUACGCCUCCACUAUUCCAAUCCUCUGUUGCAGAGAAUACAUCUUCCAGAUCUCUUUCACGCACGUCUGUACCCACAGCUUCGUUACUGCAGGGUGGUCCAGAUCGUCUGGAUGACUUUGAUUUAUGCGUCGGGGCGAUUCCAGUUCGGCGCCGAGGCAA